AUGGCGGAGAGUGCGGAACUGAAGCAAAUGGUGAUGAGCCUGCGGGUGUCGGAGCUGCAGGUGCUGCUGGGCUACGCUGGGCGAAACAAGCACGGACGCAAACAUGAGCUGCUGACCAAGGCGUUGCAUCUGCUUAAAGCCGGCUGCAGCCCCGCUGUGCACAUGAAGAUCAAAGAGCUCUACCGACGACGCUUUCCUGCCAAAAUGGUAUCCCACUCAGAGCUUGCCCUGCCUGGACCGCACCACCCUGCCACAGCUGGAGUGGUUGGAGGAGGGGGCGCAGCACUGCCCGCUGGUCUGACACAGCUGGCGUACGAGGGUCACGCCGGUCACGGUGGAGCCCCGUCGCCUGCUGCCUUACUGCCCCUCUCACUGCUCGGCCCUGGGAAACAUGAGCUGACCGGGCUGACGCACCACCUGCCCACCUCAGCCACGCUGCAUCCGGUCCAUCCAGAUGUCAAGCUCCAGAGGCUCCCCUUCUAUGACAUGCUGGACGAACUCAUCAAGCCCACCAGUCUAGCUUCAGACAACAGCCAGCGGUUUCAGGAGACGUGUUUUGCCUUUGCAUUAACACCACAGCAAGUCCAGCAGAUCAGCAGCUCAAUGGACAUCUCGGGGACCAAAUGUGACUUCUCUGUUCAAGUUCAGUUGCGGUUUUGCCUGUCGGAGACGAGCUGUCCUCAGGAAGACCAUUUCCCACCCAAUCUGUGUGUGAAAGUCAACGGGAAGCCGUGUAACCUGCCGGGUUAUCUUCCUCCAACCAAAAACGGUGUAGAGCCCAAGCGGCCCAGCCGGCCCAUCAACAUUACUUCACUGGUCAGAUUGUCCACCACUGUCCCCAAUACCAUUGUGGUGUCGUGGACCGCUGAGAUUGGGAGGAGUUACUCCAUGGCAGUGUACUUGGUGAAGCAGCAGUCGUCUACAGUGUUGUUACAGAGACUACGGGCAAAAGGCAUCAGGAACCCAGACCACUCCAGGGCACUCAUCAAAGAGAAGCUAACAGCAGACCCAGACAGUGAAAUAGCCACGACCAGCCUUCGAGUGUCGCUGCUCUGCCCGCUGGGGAAGAUGCGGCUGAUGAUCCCAUGCCGGGCACUGACAUGCUCACACCUGCAGUGCUUUGAUGCCACACUCUACAUCCAGAUGAAUGAGAAGAAACCCACCUGGGUGUGUCCUGUCUGUGACAAGAAGGCCCCCUAUGAACACCUCAUCAUCGACGGGCUUUUUGUGGAGAUCCUCAACAGCUGCAUGGACUGUGAUGAGAUCCAGUUUAAGGAAGAUGGCACCUGGGCCCCCAUGAGGUCUAAGAAAGAAGUGCAGGAGGUGUCCUCUGCUUCUUAUAACAACGGGCUGGAUGGUUCAUGUCGAACGUCUGCAGGCUCAGACCAGCGGAGCUCGUCAUCGUCCAGCCACGGCGGCGGCGACAGCAGCAACAGCAAGAAAGUGGAGGUGAUCGACUUGACACUGGACAGCUCCUCAGACGACGAAGGGCAGGAUUCCCCGCCUCCGCAGCCGGCGCCGCUGCCUCCUCCGCCCAAAAGGGCAUGUCCAUCUAUGUCCCCGACCUCGCCGCCCAUCAUCAACAAAGGAGUGUUGAACCUGCACCACCAGGCCUCUCCAGUGAGCCGUACUCCCAGCAUGCCAGCGAUGGACACCAGCUACAUCCCUCCUGUCCCCCCACUUAUCCAAGACUAUAGACCCUACUACCACACCCCCAACGACCUGUCAGAGUUGAACUUCUUCUCUUUUCUUCAAGGCGACAAUCAUCAGCAUUACAACAUGGUGAUGGCAGCUGCGGCCGCCGCUUCAGCCUCGGACGACCACGAGCUGCUUCUCAACCGCUUCCUGCCGUACAGCACCACCUCGUCCUCCGCCUCCCAGCUCUUCCUCGACCAGUCGGGAGCCUCGUCGGCUACGUCGCUGACUGCGCCGACCAACGGGGCGAGCAGCUCGGGCAGCAGCAGCAGCCUGGUGUCGUCCAGCAGCCUCCGUGACACUCACUCCACACACUCGUCUUCACACUCGGGCUCACACUCCUCACACACACACCCCGGAGUGGUGGCCAGCCGGAGCAGCACUGAAGCAGCAGUGGCAGCUAUUUACGGCGGGAUACCGGAUGUUAUAUCAUUGGACUGACUCAAGAAGAGUCAAGACUUCACUGUGGGUUCAGCUGCGAUCCAGUAACGAGCCCGAUUGCAAACUAUUUGACUGCAGGGUAAAUUUUUGAUCCAGAAACUAAACUGGAGCCGAGUCAUUGAACGUUUGUGGAGUCGUAAUGACAAGACUCAAGAAGAGCACUAAUAUAAUGAGUGGGUAACAGGCCUGAGGGUUCCCUUCACUAGGCUGACCUGAGAGCAGUACUAAGUCAUCACUUAAAGGGGUCAGCUGUGGGCGUUGUGCUGGUAUACUGACUUCGGAUCAGAAACCUGUCCAGCAUGUGAACCCACGUUACUGCUGUAGUGGUAGCAACCUGGCACAAACAGCAAAGACGCUACCUGAGCAAAAACACGAAGGAGGAUGGCUCUUUUUUACAAAAACAAGGAGUGGCACCGUGUACAGAGAACAAAAUAUAUUUUCCUCUUUUACUUUUGUAUGUUAAAUCGGGACAGUUUCAGUCUAGUGAGCUGCUUCUAUCGCUGUUUUAAAGUGGAGGACUGAGGUUUUUUGUUUUUUUUGUUUCUUUUUUUUUUUUCAAAAAAGCUUAUACAUAUGCUUGUUGCCACAAGGUUUUCUUUUUUUCCUCUCUUUUAGCUCUAUCUUCUUUAAAUUUUCCAUUUGCAUUUCUCCGAUAUAAACUUCAAUUCUCUGUCCCCUUUCUCUUUCUCUCCUGCUCGAGCUCAUUUUUAAAUUUAUGGUGUAUUAUUUCUCUAUCCAAUGACAAGAACUUUUCAGAUGCUGAAUUUACAGUUUAUUCAUGUACUAAUAAUUUUAUUAUGCUUUUAAGUUAUGUAUGAUAUUUAAACAAUUAUAAAAAAAAAUAUAUAUAUAUAUACAUAUAUAUAUAUAUAUAUAUAUAUAUAUAUAUAUAUAUAUAUAUAUAUAUAUAUAUGCAUUCCCUUUGACCUUCAGGUUAAUGCUGUUGGGAGUGUGUAAGCGGAAAUUAGCCAUUUCUGGUUUUUAAUUUUUCACUCCUUGAUUUCAAGCUCCCUACAAAGACUCUGGCAGCAUAGAGCAUUUAGAAAUGGAGACUUUUAGAAUAUUUAUUCUUGCCAGUUUAGGGUUUUGAGCUAGAAGAGUUUCUUUUAUUUUCUUUUAUUUUUUUUUUUCAUUUUUUUGCACAAUGCCAAAAAAAAAAAAAAGUACGGUACCUAUGAAAAUGAUCACAAUAAUCAGAGUGCAGUUGCAUAAGCCUGUUGCCACAGUGUUUUCAGUCAGCUGUGUCCUUUUGUCUCUUGUCUUCUCAGUUUCAUCUUUUUUUUUUUUUUUUUUUGCUUAACUGAAAGUAAUUACGAUGGAGGUCAAACUGUUAUGGCAGCGUCAGGCCUUUUAAAGAGACAGGCGUCUGUGACAUGUGCCACAGCUCCACUGGGGCGAGUGACCGAGUUUAAACUAGUGCCUGUUUGUGUUCAUGCUUCACAGCGUGUUUGGGUUUUGAGUUUUUAGACUCGAAAGAAUGUCUUAAAUGGUCAGCCACAACCUCUGCCCCAUCUCUGUCUAAGCAGUUUGUGAAGAUUUGACCUGCGACUGAUAUUUUUAACUGUGUAGGGAGUUACAUUUGGGAAAAGCGCUUGUGGAAAAGCAUAGAAUAGUGUAAGCAGGCUAUUUAGUGCCACAGUGGAAGGGGGUGAUCCGAGCAUGCCAACUUAGACUGGGCGCAGAGCCAGCUGGUUUAAAAAUACACAACCUGUCUGGAACUUACAAACCCUAAGAGAUGGUCAGUGUAAGAUGUGGAAGUGUUAAAGUGAGGCGAAGGUUUCAGGAUACCUCGAUGUUGUUGCCAUUCAGCUGAAAAUGCAGGGUUUGCUCAUGAAUGUAUUGUACAAUUUUAAGAGCGGACUCACUUUUGUUCUUUGCUUCUAUUACAGUUACUAAACAGAACAGAAGCUGUGGAGAUCCAAUGAAGUCUGGUCACAUUAGCAGUGACGUGCAGUAGAUUUGGCACACCUCCAGUCCCGUCAGCCCCACCCCUCCUCUCCUCCAGCCUGUGUGUCCUUGAAACUUUCCCAGAGUCCCCUCUUAUCAGUCUCUCCUCAAUCUCUCACCUCCGGAUGUCUGAGUUAGGCAGCUCAUUUUAAAGCAUAAUUAUCCCCACCACAAAAACAUAACCCCCUCAGACAGCAACCCCCAUCACCUAACAUCCCCUGUCCUGUCCCUCAGCAACUAACUGGGAGACUCUAGACGACCUAAAAUGACCCCCAGCUCUCCCUCCAUCCUUCCCUCGCUUUUGGCAUUUUUAACUUUUAUUCCCUGUUCUUCUCACGGGAAUCAAACCCCUGCUCUGACUCAAUGACUCAUUUGCCGGAACAAGUCUUGUGUAUUUCCUGUGUUGUGCAGUAUUUUAUUUAUUUUUUAUUCUUAUUUCUAUAUAUUAUAUUUUUACAAAUUGUUUGCUUUCCAUGGGUGAGAGAGUGAGUCAGCUGUUUUAUGAGUUUAUUUAAUAUCCAUUUUAUUAUUCUUUGCCAGCCGUGCAAUAUCAAAAAGAUAUUGUUUAGUUAUUCGUCAUGGAAAUAUCUUAUUGUAUUUUCUUUGGGGCUGACUCGAGAAGCACUUUAUAAUAAGGGCACAAAACACAUGCUUAAUUAAUACAUGCAUGACUCCUGAUGAUAUAAUGUAUUAAUUAACUCAGGAUAUAUUAUGAAUUCCUGCAGCUCACCAUUAAGGCGUGAUGGAGUCACUGUUUAUGUGAUUACUAAACUCGUAAUGGAUCAUAAAUUAAUGAUUAAGUCGCACUUCAAACAUUAAUUUAAAUGCCACUAAAUUAUCUGGAAUCCAGUUACAUGGAAAAAGCAGUUUUUUAUCAAACUGGUAGUCGGAUGCAAACAUUAACAUCAACAGAGUAAACCUCUAGUUAAAAGUUGGAUUGCCAUGAAAUUUUGUACAGACAUUCAUGGUCCCCUGGGGAUGAAUCCCAUUGACUGUGACCUGCUAGCACGACUCAGUUCAUCACGAUGUAAACACCUCUCUCUUCCUUACUACAUUCAGCUUCUUUCAACAACAACAACAGAACUAUAAAAUAAUCACUUGCUAGGUUGUAAAUGUGUAAGCAAGGACAACUGGGUCACACAGCAACGUAGAUGCUUGUACCUGACUAUGAUGAUGAUGAUGAUGAUGAUGAUGAUUAGCUAAAAAUGCAAGGUUACAGAUUCCAUCUAAUUUGGUGGCAAAUGAAAUAUGUAUGACGUAACUUUGAGUUAACAUUCAUGAAAUGAUAAUUUAUUCAGUCUUAACUAAUGACAUGAAGAUGUGUGUUUGUGCCUUUAUUAUGAACUGUUACCACGACUUGCUAUACUGAUGAAGACAUUGAUCCUUUAGUUUCCAUCAUGUUAGUUUAAAUAUUAAUCCAGUAUUUGGAUACUUGAUGAAGUGGCCACAGUUAAUUUAUUUAGACGUCCUCACUGCAGCAGAUUACAGUUACGCACCUGGAAUGAGAGAACAGACCGUUCUGAAUGUGUUUCCGUUGAAGCGCUCUACUGGGGUCCAUGUGGGAUUACCAAAAAGUCAGAUGCUCUGCCCUCUACAAAUUGUUUCAUUAAGUGUCCACAGCUCCCUCCUGUGGUUCCCAGUUGUUAGUUUCAGGUAGAAGCAGUCAUCAUGAAGCUGGGUUUCGUUUCUUUUAACAAAUGGGCCUUUUUUGUGAGAAAAGGUCAGGUUGCAUGCAGGGAUGGAUAAGCACAGGGCUGUUGCCGUUUCGGUCCUUCUCCAACUUCAGUCACACACAGGUGUAAACAAGUGUGUAGUAUGUAUACAGCAUUUUUUGCAGCAUCUUAUGUAUUUGCUGGUUUGAAUUCUGUGUGAGGAUACUGGGACAAAACCAGCGUCUGCACAGAGUGAAGUGAAUGGAAAAAGGCCACUUUUAUCAGUAGUUACUCUUAAUGGUGUUAUCAAGAGCUCCACAGGCAACCUUGAAAAGCAGCUCAACUCUUAGGUUGGCAUGACGUCUCACCUUAGAUAAAAGGGAAAAGUCAACAAUGUGUAUAUUAUGUCUGUAUGGAAACGUGAAAACUGAAAGUUCAGAUCCAAACAUGGGUGUUUGAUGUCCGUUCGUAUGCUUGUUGUGUGUCAAUUCAGAGCGAGAGAAUAAAUUAAUUUAUAUAUUUUUUAGAAAAUGAAAGCUGUAUUAUUAUUAUUAAAAAAAAAAAGGACUGUGGCCAAUAAAGAGUCUCACACAACUGAAAUAAUCUCAAAGUCAGACUCGAGUCGACAUCUGCACUCACUGCCUUAAAACAUUCACAGGUUCUGUUUCACAGCUCCAAUCCGAGAAAAAUCAUAAAAAGGCUUUUCAAGGAGGGAAAGGAGAAGACAGUGUACAGUAGACCCUCGUCAGUUUGUACAAAUAUACCAAGUAAAAAAAAAAAAUAUUUAUUACCUGCAUUGGAAGAAAUUGUUUACUUAUUGAAUGUUACCUGUUUAUGUAGAAAAGUUUAGAUGUAAUAAAAUGCAUUCUGUUA